GUCGCUCCCCACAGGACUCCUCUUUUUGUCUCGAUCCCGGCCCUCUUCCUCCGCCUCCCACCAUCCGAGAAGAAGCAACCCCCAAAUGGACCGGAUCCUCUCCCACGUCGAUCUCCUCCUCCUCCUCGGAAGUUUGCUGCUCGCUCCCUUCUGAUUCCGUUCUGAUUACUGCAACUUGUCGUAUUGAAUCGGACGCGGCGAAGCGUCGCAUCGAUGGCGCACGAGAGAUUGGAGGCGAAGAUAGAGUUUGAUCUAAAUGUCGUCUCUCCCUGUCAGUCGGCCGCAUGGGCUUCCAACUCAUCUGAGGCGUCGAGCAGCGCCGCCGCCGAAGAGGAGGAUUUGCGCUCCACCAGCGGCGCCGCCUCCCUCUGCUUCGACAACCUUAGGUGCCCCACCGAGCCGGCUGUUGUUGAUGAUGACGGUGAGGAUGAGGGUGGUGUUUUGCCGGAGCGGCGCGUCGUCACGUGGCCGCUGCUUCCUACGACGGUGGUGGCGUCCACGUUUCAGCCUCCGGUGGCCGCGAACUCUAGCUCGACCUCCCGCCCGGGCGAUCUUGGCUUCGUGGAGCGGACGGUGGGUUGCGCCGCAGAGGCGGAGGCGAGGGUUUUGCUGCAUCGGCAGCAGCAGCAGCAGGAGGUGGUGAAGAAGAGUAGGCGAGGACCGAGGUCUCGGAGUUCGCAGUAUCGCGGAGUCACCUUCUACAGGAGAACCGGGAGAUGGGAAUCCCACAUUUGGGAUUGUGGAAAGCAAGUCUACCUGGGAGGCUUCGACACCGCUCAUGCUGCCGCAAGAGCAUAUGAUCGCGCCGCUAUCAAGUUUCGGGGACUUGAUGCAGACAUCAACUUUGAUCUUAAUGAUUACGACGAGGAUUUGAACCAGAUGAGAAACCUGACCAAGGAAGAAUUUGUGCAUAUACUUCGUCGUCAAAGCACUGGGUUUGCAAGGGGAAGCUCCAAGUACAGAGGGGUGACUCUUCACAAGUGUGGUAGAUGGGAGGCUCGCAUGGGACAGUUCCUCGGCAAAAAGUAUAUUUAUCUUGGUUUAUUUGACAGCGAAAUAGAGGCCGCAAGGGCAUAUGACAAGGCUGCUAUCAGAUGGAAUGGAAGGGUAGCAAUCACCAAUUUUGAGUCAAGCCUCUAUGAAGGAGAGAGACUUCCUGAGCCUGAAAACAAAGCUGCCUUCGAGGAUGUUGAUUUAAGCCUGAGGAUUUCUCAGCCUAACUUCCAUAGCACAAAGAGUGAUGGCAAUUCUACUGGUACCAAUUUCAGUCACGGCUCAUAUGAAGUUCCGGAAACUGGAAAUGCUCAGCCUGACAGUCCUAAUCAUCCGGCUGUUGUCCCUGGUUUCGCAAUGACACCUCAACAUCCCCAUUUGUGGAAUGCUUACCCAGGCUACUUUCCCAGAAUUGAGGAAAGAGGGAAAGAGCAGAGGCCCGAGGUGGGUUUGCGAUCCCUUCCCGGCUGGGCGUGGCACAUGCAUGGUCCUACUCUGUUGCCAUUAGUCACGUCUGCAGCAUCAUCAGGAUUCUCCAACGCCACAACAGUGGCUGCGCUUCCACCGCUGCCGGCUCCGCCACCUCCUCCAAUCUCCCAUCACUUGCCAUUCCCUCCUCCAGCGAGCACCGGCUACUUUCUCAGACACUGAGUGAUAGAUUCGACGGAUCAAAAGGAGCUCCCAUGGCUCCGAGAAAGGUGGGCAUAGCAAUCAAAGCUAAACGCUGGGUAGGCUUCACUUUUGCCGUCUGACACUACUUUGCCUCGCUUAUCUACGAGGAAUGCCUAUUCUCUCCACUACGACUGUACCUCGUUCUGCUGCUCGUGGCGUGGGGUCGUAGAAAGCUGUGCUCCUCUUUCCUUCCUAGUUUCUUGCCCCCUGUCAUUGGCUUCCAGCUGUGUGAUGUGUAAGACUUACGAUAGAUAACGUGACUUUUCCCUGGCGAGGGUUUCCCUUC